AUGUUUGCAUGUGAUGAUGAAGAUUAUGAUUAUAAUAAUAAAAGUCAUAAUGAAGAUCAACCACAAGGUUAUCAAGCAUUAUUAGAUCCAGAUGAUGAAGAAACUUUCACAGUGGAAGAAGAGGAAGAAGAAGAAGAAGAAGAUGAGGUUGCUGAUUAUGAAGAAGAAAUAGAACCUACUGCAGAAGUGUCUAUUGAUGAUGGUCAAAUAAAACCAUUCUCUUGUACAUUAUGUUCUGUAUCCUUCAGUAAAUUCGAAGCAUAUCGUGAACAUUAUGUGUCUACAGAACAUCGAUAUAAACGACGAGAUGAAAAGAAACGUCUUGGAGAUGAAUGUGUCAUUGAAACGUUACCAGUUGAAAUAUUUGUUAAUUUAUUACUUUAUAAUAAAAUACCAUUUGAAAGUAUUCAAAUUGAUAUUCAACCUAUUGAUUUUAGUGUAAGUGGUACAUUAGAAUAUAAUAAUAUUAAAUAUGAACAUCAACAUGCAUCAUCACUUAAUGAAUUAUAUCAAUUACUUAUUAAUAAAUUUAAUCAAGAUUAUCAAAAACAUCAAUUAAAAAUGCCACCACAAAGUUUUUUUGUUGCACGAGAUACUAGUCGAAAAGAUAUAGAUAAUAUAUGGACCGUAUCACGUUAUUGUGAUGAUACAGGAAAAUCUGAUGAACAAAUUAUUAAAGAAGUCUUAGAUUAUUGUGUAUACAAUAAUGUUGAACCAGAACGUGAACGUUUAAUAGCACAUUCAAUUCAAACAUGGCGUAUGUUUCAUCGUCAAGAAACUAAACCAGGUUUUUGGUGUGAUAUUUGUAAACAAUGUUUUCGUAAACGAAAAGCAAUUAUUUGCCAUUUUGAAACAAGUGAAAAACAUGAUAAUAAUUUAAAACGUCUUCCACCAUAUCGACGAGCUGUUCAAAAUAGUUUAUUUACUAGUCGUUUAUUAAACGAAUUUGUUCCAAUUGAUAAAUUGAAUUAUUAUCGAACACGAGCUAAUGCUUAUCGAAUUCCACCAUCAAAUAAAACUAUUAAAAAUGCAUAUUAUUGCACAUUUUGUAAAAGAUCAUUUGAAUCAGCAUAUACACUUGAAAAAGUACUGAAUUAA